AUGGAAGACACACCCCUUAAUGCGGCACAUAGCUUUGCAAAUGCCGCAGAAGAAUUUGAAGAUAAAGAACAGUAUGCGAAAGCUAUGGAGGCACAUUUCCGUGCAGCUGAACAAUUUUUAAAUGCAACAAAUCUAACAUCUGAUCCAGAGGCAGUUCGAACAUUGAAAAAACUAUACUCCAAUCAUAACCGACAAGCAAAAGACUUACAACCAGAAGUAUUUAAUUCUCAAGGGAAUAAUAAUAAAAAUACAUUUAAAAUUGUUAAUAAUGUAGCAAUUGCUACUACUAUUCCUAGUAGUAAUAACAGUCGUAAUACCGGUGCCACGAUCAUUAAAGGAAGGAUUGGAUCACAAACCAAUAAUGAUACAUUAGAAGUUCCAAACGGCAUGGGAAGAACUAUCGAUUCUUCUUUAAACAUUGCCGAAAGUACAAUGACAACAACAUCAUCAGGAUCCGAAAAAACCAUCGAAGAGUCUUAUAUGGUACUUAAAGGCAAUAACGAUUCAACCGAUGACGAUGAUUCAGAUCCAUUCAACAAAUUUUGGGGUAUUGUUGAAUCUUUGGUUCAAAAAAUAUCUAAUCCGGUCGCAUUUGCCACCGUACCACUCAAUGGUACAGAUUCUGCCACACAAUUUGAUUCUAAUGCCGCAGAAGAGGGCAAUAUGUUAAAGAGUAGUAUUUUACAAUUUAAAAAUGAUUUUCAAAAACAGGCAAAGUUAAUUAAAUUAAGUCAAGAAAUUUCAAAAUCAUCACCUAUGAUUAAACAAGGGUCACCAGAAAAUUCAACCAUUGGAAGUAUUAGUUAUCUUCAAAAACGUAUAAAAGAAUUAGAGGCAGAAAAUGAAAAAGAGAAAAUGCGAAGCGAAAAAUAUAAAGAUCGUUGGGAGAAAUUGAAGGAGUCAGCUAUAAAACGAAAAAAUAAACAAUUAGAAACUUCUGCUAUAAAUUCAAAUUUAAACUAA